CCUCUCCUCAUUCUUCUUUGCUUUUGCAUCAGUGUGACUCUGUUUCUGCAAAUCCCAGAAGAUUAGAAAUGGUCCGAAGCAUUAAGAACCCUAAGAAAGCCAAAAGAAAGAACAAGGCUUCGAAGAAAGGAGAUGGGUCUUCUUCGUCUUCAGGGCCGUCGGCGCCGGUGAAGGUUUGGCAGCCAGGUGUGGACAAAUUAGAAGAAGGAGAAGAGCUCCAGUGUGACCCUUCAGCUUACAAUUCUCUCCAUGCCUUCCAUAUUGGCUGGCCUUGUCUAAGUUUUGAUAUUGUGAGAGAUACAUUGGGGUUGGUGAGGACAGAGUUUCCUCAUACAGUGUACUUUGUUGCUGGUACUCAGGCAGAGAAAUCUUCUUGGAACUCUCUUAGUAUAUUUAAAGUAUCCAACAUUUCUGGAAAAAAGCGUGAGCCAGUGCCGACCAAAACUGGAGAUGAUGAGUCGAAUAUGGGUAGUGAUGAUAGUGAUAGUGACGAAGAUAGUGAGGAUGAGGAGCUCGGAGGGUCUGGCGCACCGGUUUUGCAAUUGCGGAAGGUAACUCAUGAAGGAUGUGUGAAUCGUAUACGUGCCAUGACACAAAACCCUCAUAUAUGUGCAUCUUGGGGAGAUACUGGUCAUGUGCAGGUUUGGGACUUCAGUUCUCAUCUAAAUGCUUUAGCAGAAUCAGAAUCAGAAGUUAGCCAAGGACCUUCCACCCAGGCUCCAUUGUUUAAGUUUGGGCAUAAAGAUGAAGGAUUCUCUCUCGACUGGAGUCCUCUUGUAACUGGAAGACUUCUAUCUGGGGACUGCAAGAGUAAUAUACAUUUGUGGGAACCUACAUCUGACGGAACAUGGAAAGUCGGAACCACUCCGUACAUUGGGCAUAUCGCAAGCGUGGAAGAUUUGCAGUGGAGCCCUACAGAACCUGAUGUAUUUGGUUCUUGUUCCGUGGAUGGGAAUAUAGCAAUUUGGGAUAUCCGUUUAGGGAAGUCACCUGCAGCUUCUUUUAAAGCUCAUAAUGCAGAUGUGAAUGUUAUUUCUUGGAACAGGCUGGCUAGUUGUAUGUUAGCAUCUGGAAGUGACGAUGGUACCUUUUCUAUCCGAGAUCUCAGAAUGCUCAAGGAAGGAAAUUCAGUAGUGGCUCAUUUUGAAUACCAUAAACACCCUAUUACAUCCAUCGAAUGGAGUCCACAUGAAGCUUCUACUUUGGUAGUGUCAUCUGCUGACAAUCAGCUUACAAUAUGGGACCUCUCUUUAGAAAAUGAUGAGGAAGAGGAGGCUGAAUUCAAAGCUAAAACAAAAGAGGAAGUGAACGCCCCCAAAGACUUACCUCCACAACUUCUAUUUGUUCACCAGGGACAAAAAGACUUGAAAGAACUUCAUUGGCAUUCACAAAUUCCUGGCAUGAUAGUAUCAACUGCGGCAGAUGGUUAUAAUAUUUUGAUGCCAUCAAACAUACAAACCACCCUUCCCUCUGAUGGUCCUUGAAAGUUUUGAUAUCCAUAUCCUUUGUACACUGCGAAAAGUAGAUGCAUUAUCUGAUAUUGAGAUGGUCAUGCCAUGUCAUGCAGAAACAAUUGCCUGAGUUCCUCGUUGUUUACCCGUUUCUUUCGUUCUCCCCAUUUUGGAGGUUUGGUUUUGUACGGAGUAACAUCUACACCUUUUGCCUAAAGCUCUUGUAUUGAUGGAAGUUUGUAUUUGCCCAUCAAGUUUACUCAUCUCAUUUCCCACA